AGCAGAGGUGAAGAUGGACCUGCACACACAAGUGUUCUCCACCCGUGUUUGACCUAAAAUGAACACAUCGGCGAAUAUUUAAUGCUUGGGAGGUUUUGUAAAGGACAAUGUUGAGAUUCAGUGUGCAUGUGUGGAUACUAUGGUCGCUUUAUGCAGGCACUUUGUUUGGUGAGGAGAUAAAUGGAUGUGAACAGCAGCCAUGCCAAAAUGGUGGUGUGUGUGAGAGCCACAAUGGAGGAUUCAGAUGCCUUUGUUCCAGUCAGAGCCAAAAUGGGCGCCUGUAUGGCGGGGAGAACUGCACAAUUGCACUUUCAGGCUGUGACGGCAACCAGUGUGAGAAUGGAGGAGUAUGCUCUCCCUUACUUGUAAACGACCGUCACACUCACACAUGCCUCUGCCGUGCAGGCUUCACGGGCCCUAAAUGCCAGAUUCCCACAGUUUUCUCAUUUGAGUCGCAGGGCUACAUGUACAUAGAGAGACAGCUUCUAGAGCCAGAAGCUCCUCUUAAUGUAACAUUCAGCUUUAGGACAGACAGGGCGAUUGGUACCCUCUUACAGCGACGAGUGGAUGACCUGUUGCUCAGCAUUGAACUGAUAGAUGGACAUCUCUGCCUCCUCAGCCUGAGGGGCCAAGGCUCCAGCACGGUGGUUCAAGAGCUCCCAGAGUAUGUGUCCAACAGCAAGUGGCACACAGUGGAAGCAUCGCUGGGCGGCGUGGUUAGCCUCAUCAGGCUGCUAUGCAUUGAAGGAAGCUGCACCAGAGACUCCAGCCCCGGCAGCCAGUUGCUUGAGCAAGCCUCGGUUCUCCCUGAGCCGGGAACAGUUCGUCAAAGCCUCUUCAUCGGAGCAGCUGGGGGGGACUGGGGAACUCUUGGCCGCGCAGAGGAUGGAGCAGUACACCCGCCUGGUUUCCUAGGCUGCUUCAGAGAUGUGUUUGUGGACUCACAUCUGGUGUUGCCUGUCAAAGGGCCAGCCAAUUCAGGCGCCCAGGCAAAUAUCACUGUGGGGUGCAGCGACCGAGACAAGUGCGACGAGAGCCCGUGCCAGAACCGAGGGCGCUGUGUGAGCCAGGGCUGGAGGAGGUUCGUGUGUGAAUGCCACAGGCCGUACGAGGGGAACGACUGUGGAGAGGAGUAUAUCACAGCAAGGUUUGGAAACAAGGACCUGGACAGUUACGCUGUGUUCUCGUUAGACGAUGUCCCGGGUGAUACUGUGACCAUAUCCAUGUUCAUCCGCACCAGACAGUCCAGCGGCCUGCUCCUCAUCUUGGCCAACAGCACCAGCCAGUACCUCCGCCUGUGGUUGGACCAGGGCAGGGUCAAAGUACAGGUUAACAACUUUGAGACCCUUGUUGGUCAGAGUGCCGUCAGUGACGGUCAUUUCCACUUGGUGACUGUGAAGAUGGAAGGAUUGGCAGCCAUCCUGCUCCAGUCAGCCCAAAGCCAGGGCUCCCUGCCCAUCAGGCACACCGAGGUCCAUCCUGGGGACUUGGUUUUCGUUGGAGGGCUACCAGACUCGAGGGCCACUGGUUCGUAUGGUGGCUACUUCAAAGGGUGUGUGCAGGAUCUGAGGAUUAACAGCAAACGACUGCAAUUCUAUCCAAUAGCAACUCCAGUGGAGUCUUACGAACUAGAGCAACACGUCAACGUUGCGCAAGGAUGCAGCAGCGACAACGCCUGCGCAGUCAACCCGUGUCUCAAUGCGGGAGUGUGUUACUCCAUGUGGGACGAUUUCAUCUGCAACUGCCCCCCCAACACUGCAGGGCAGCGCUGUGAGGAAGUGAAAUGGUGUGCGCUGUCCCCCUGCCCUGCUACUGCCAGUUGUCAGCCUCUCUCUCAGGGCUUUGAGUGUUUGUCCAAUGUGACGUUUCGUCCUGAAAGCAGCGUUCUGCACUACCGCAGCAAUGGCAAGAUCGACCGCCACCUCGCCACUGUCACUCUCAGCUUCCGCACAAGACAGUCAGCCGCCGUCAUACUCCACGCACAGAAGGACUCAGACUUCCUCACCAUCUCCCUCCUGAACUCUCAUUUAGUCAUGGAGCAUCAGGUUGGCAAGAAUUACUCCAAGGUUACCAUUCAAAGCCGGGAUCUGUUCAGUGAUGGAGAGUGGCACUUGGCGGCGCUCAGCCUUGAGAACCAGACAUCGGCCUCCAGGUGGAUCAUGGCUGUGGAUGGCGGCAAGGAGGAGAUAAGCAUGUCCAAAGCAGCUGUGGGUGACCUGGAGUUUCUCAGGGAGGGAGCAGACAUCUUCCUCGGGGGGCUCAGCCUGGAUGCUGGAGCAAACCUGUCUGGCUGUCUGGGAGCUGUGGAGAUUGGGGGUCUUCUUCUCCCUUUCCAUCUAGAUACAGAGUUGAACCUCCCCAGACCUCAGGAAGAGCAGUUUGUGAGGAUAGACAACAAUGCUGCUCCCCAGUAUGGCUGCUGGGGAGCCAACGUGUGUGCACCCAACCCUUGCCAAAAUAAGGGCGAGUGCGAGGACCUGUUUGACCUGCAUCAGUGCACAUGUCCCUCUGAGUGGACAGGUCCUCUGUGUCAAGACUCAACAGACAGCUGCAUCUCAAGCCCCUGCAUCUACGGAAACUGCACCAACCUACCCGGGGGGUUUAGGUGUGUGUGCUCUCUGGGGUUCAGCGGUGAGCACUGUGAGGCAGAAGUCAACAUGUGUGAAAACAGCGAAUGCAGAUAUGGUGCCACCUGUCUCAAAGGCUUCCAGAGCUACGCUUGCCUCUGUCCUCAGAAUCUGACAGGCCAAUACUGCGAAGAGAAAGUCCCUGAAAUCCCAUGGUACAUUGACAUCAAUCCACUUCCUCAGUUGCCUGUAUCUGUAUGUACGGGUACCAGAUGGAAUUACAGCUGCUUUAAUGGAGGAAACUGCUCUGAAGGAGACAACUGUUACUGCCUGCCUGGCUUCACAGGACAAUGGUGUGAGAAGGAUGUGGAUGAAUGUGCCUCGGACCCGUGCAUGAACGGAGGCUUCUGUGUCAACUACAUCAACAGUUUCGAGUGCGUGUGCGACAUGAACUACUCGGGGAUACACUGCCAAAUGGACGUUAGCGACUUCUACUUGUACCUCUUCUUGGGCCUGUGGCAGAAUCUCUUCCAGCUGGUGUCCUAUCUUGUGAUACGCCUCGACGACGAGCCAGAAAUUGAGUGGGGAUUUCACGUCAAUGAUUAGACCACUUUUUACCUACUAUGAUCCGACUGGACCAAACCUGGAGAACAGGGUCACACUGUGCUUUAGUGCACAAUUUGGUAACGUAAACCGGCAUCUUUUAGCCGUAUGAAUUUAAUUGUCUUCUGGGUAGAUACAUGCCAACAUAGACAAUAUGAGCAAAUAUAUCUACCUACACGGUUUCAUAGGUAAAGGGAAACCCUUUCUCUUUUGUGGCCUACUCUGAUUUAGGCUAAUAAAACAAGUAAAUACAUGUGAAACUAUGCAACGUUCACAGGAUCCUCACCGAUUAAACGCUGAAGAUCAGUAUUGUCUGCAACCAAGGAGGUUGUCCCAGGUUGCACACUGAAACACAACUAUACCAGAAGAGACAGAACAGCUGCAUUUAUAUACAUUAUAUGUGAAACUGUACUUCAUUUAUUAUAGCCUACCAACGGUAUCAGCAGUAGAAAUGUGUCUGUAUUUGGUAACGGCUGCAACAUGUUGGCACAAUGUUUAUUACAGUACAAACCUCACAUUAGAGCUCUUUAUGUGCCUUAAAUGCCCUCUUUUUAUGUGGUGCAGUUUAAUAACCAUUCUAAUCUACUGGGCACUAAUGAAAUUCUUGUCUGUAACUAGGAUGUUACAUAUUCAUAGCAAUUUAUGUACACAAGGUUGUUUUGCAUGCAAUGAAUACAGUACUUGAUAUUUAAGAAUGAGGAAAUAAACUGAACUAUUUGGAAAAUGGCAGCUUUUAUUUAAAACUUUA